AUGAAUAAUAAUGGUAGUCCUAAUGAAGAUAAUAUCGUGCGCGAGAAGCAAUCCGAUCAAUCUCGGGUUUUUCCAUGUAGCUUUUGUAAGAGAGAGUUUUCGACAUCUCAAGCUCUCGGAGGGCAUCAAAACGCGCACAAACAAGAACGUCAAUUAGCGAAAAGGCGUCAGGGGAUGGAUUUAAGUGCCUUUGGUCACUAUCCAUAUCAUAAUUAUCCUUAUUCAAGCCUUUCCAAUACUCAUCCUUUCUAUGGAUCUUUUAGUAGAUCACUUGGGGUUAGAAUGGAGUCUUUGACUCAAAAACCGUCGUCUUAUCCGUGGAUGUCCUCCGCCAGCGGGGGAUAUCGAUACGCUCAAGGCGGCUGGCCUAGGCACGCCAUGAUGAAUACACAAUCUUCCAUUGAUCAUCAUAGAUUAAGGUUUGAGAGUUUGAAUGGUCUUAAUAAUGGCGGAUAUGAUACUAUUCCGAGAUUUGAUGAUAAUAAACAUAAUUUAUUUGCUUCUUCAUCAUCAAAUAAUUUGCCAAUUAUUAAAUCAUCGAUCGGUGGUAAUCCUUCACGAGGUGAUUGUCCAACAAGGGAUCAAGUCGAUGCAUCAGGAAUUGAUUUGUCAUUAAAACUUUAG